AUGGAGAAAGUGGUGGAGAGAGUGGCAAUGGAAGAUGAGAAGGUCGUAGAGGAGAAGAACACAGAGGCAGUGGAGGAGGGGAACACUCUGAAAAUGGAAGUGCUGGUGAAAGAAGAGAAUAUUCCAGAAGACAACAGACUGGAGAGAAUGGAUGGACAGACCCAGGAACAGACAGCCAAAGAGGUGGUGCAGGAGGUGAUGGAGGAGGCCAAGAGGGUGCUGGAACUGUUCCAAGAUGGACAGAACAACUGUGAUGGAAAUAUGACAGAGGAUGAGAUAAAGGAUGAUGACGAGAAAGUGGAGGAGGAGAUUGUUCUGGAACAUGAGAUGCAGGAUGUGAAAGAACAAAAGAUGGUUGAGGACAAAAAUGUGGAGACCCUGGAUGACUGGACACUGGAGCAGACAGCCAAAGAGGUGGUGGAGGAGGUGAUGGAGGAGGCCAAGAGGGUGCUGGAACUGUUCCAAGAUGGACAGAACAACUGUGAUGGAAAUAUGACAGAGGAUGAGAUAAAGGAUGAUGACGAGAAAGUGGAGGAGGAGAUUGUUCUGGAACUUGAGCUGCAGGAUGUGAAAGAACAAAAGAUGGUUGAGGACAAAAAUGUGGAGACCCUGGAUGACUGGACACUGGAGCAGACAGCCAAAGAGGUGGUGGAGGAGGUGAUGGAGGAGGCCAAGAGGGUGCUGGAACUGUUCCAAGAUGGACAGAACAACUGUGAUGGAAAUAUGACAGAGGAUGAGAUAAAGGAUGAUGACGAGAACGUGGAGGAGGAGAUUGUUCUGGAACUUGAGCUGCAGGAUGUGAAAGAACAAAAGAUGGUUGAGGACAAAAAUGUGGAGACCCUGGAUGACUGGACACUGGAGCAGACAGCCAAAGAGGUGGUGGAGGAGGUGAUGGAGGAGGCCAAGAGGGUGCUGGAACUGUUCCAAGAUGGACAGAACAACUGUGAUGGAAAUAUGAAAGAGGAUGAGAUAAAGGAUGAUGACGAGAACGUGGAGGAGGAGAUUGUUCUGGAACUUGAGCUGCAGGAUGUGAAAGAACAAAAGAUGGUUGAGGACAAAAAUGUGGAGACCCUGGAUGACUGGACACUGGAGCAGACAGCCAAAGAGGUGGUGGAGGAGGUGAUGGAGGACGCCAAGAGGGUGCUGGAACUGUUCCAAGAUGGACAGAACAACUGUGAUGGAAAUAUGACAGAGGAUGAGAUAAAGGAUGAUGACGAGAACGUGGAGGAGGAGAUUGUUCUGGAACUUGAGCUGCAGGAUGUGAAAGAACAAAAGAUGGUUGAGGACAAAAAUGUGGAGACCCUGGAUGACUGGACACUGGAGCAGACAGCCAAAGAGGUGGUGGAGGAGGUGAUGGAGGAGGCCAAGAGGGUGCUGGAACUGUUCCAAGAUGGACAGAACAACUGUGAUGGAAAUAUGACAGAGGAUGAGAUAAAGGAUGAUGACGAGAACGUGGAGGAGGAGAUUGUUCUGGAACUUGAGCUGCAGGAUGUGAAAGAACAAAAGAUGGUUGAGGACAAAAAUGUGGAGACCCUGGAUGACUGGACACUGGAGCAGACAGCCAAAGAGGUGGUGGAGGAGGUGAUGGAGGAGGCCAAGAGGGUGCUGGAACUGUUCCAAGAUGGACAGAACAACUGUGAUGGAAAUAUGACAGAGGAUGAGAUAAAGGAUGAUGACGAGAACGUGGAGGAGGAGAUUGUUCUGGAACUUGAGCUGCAGGAUGUGAAAGAACAAAAGAUGGUUGAGGACAAAAAUGUGGAGACCCUGGAUGACUGGACACUGGAGCAGACAGCCAAAGAGGUGGUGGAGGAGGUGAUGGAGGAGGCCAAGAGGGUGCUGGAACUGUUCCAAGAUGGACAGAACAACUGUGAUGGAAAUAUGACAGAGGAUGAGAUAAAGGAUGAUGACGAGAACGUGGAGGAGGAGAUUGUUCUGGAACUUGAGCUGCAGGAUGUGAAAGAACAAAAGAUGGUUGAGGACAAAAAUGUGGAGACCCUGGAUGACUGGACACUGGAGCAGACAGCCAAAGAGGUGGUGGAGGAGGUGAUGGAGGAGGCCAAGAGGGUGCUGGAACUGUUCCAAGAUGGACAGAACAACUGUGAUGGAAAUAUGACAGAGGAUGAGAUAAAGGAUGAUGACGAGAAAGUGGAGGAGGAGAUUGUUCUGGAACAUGAGCUGCAGGAUGUGAAAGAACAAAAGAUGGUUGAGGACAAAAAUGUGGAGACCCUGGAUGACUGGACACUGGAGCAGACAGCCAAAGAGGUGGUGGAGGAGGUGAUGGAGGAGGCCAAGAGGGUGCUGGAACUGUUCCAAGAUGGACAGAACAACUGUGAUGGAAAUAUGACAGAGGAUGAGAUAAAGGAUGAUGACGAGAAAGUGGAGGAGGAGAUUGUUCUGGAACUUGAGCUGCAGGAUGUGAAAGAACAAAAGAUGGUUGAGGACAAAAAUGUGGAGACCCUGGAUGACUGGACACUGGAGCAGACAGCCAAAGAGGUGGUGGAGGAGGUGAUGGAGGAGGCCAAGAGGGUGCUGGAACUGUUCCAAGAUGGACAGAACAACUGUGAUGGAAAUAUGACAGAGGAUGAGAUAAAGGAUGAUGACGAGAAAGUGGAGGAGGAGAUUGUUCUGGAACAUGAGCUGCAGGAUGUGAAAGAACAAAAGAUGGUUGAGGACAAAAAUGUGGAGACCCUAGAUGACUGGACACUGAAGCAGACAGCCAAAGAGGUGGUGGAGGAGAUGUUGGCAGAGGCAAGGAGGGUGGUGAAGUUGCAGGAGGAAGUGAAGGGAAGUUCUGAGGAAAAACUGAUGGAGGACAAGACUGAAGAAGAACAGGAAACAGUAGAGGAGAAGGUGGUAGAGGAGGAUGAUGAGGAGAAGGAGUUCUCUGCAAUGGAUGACACCAAAAUGGAGGAGGAUAAAGCACAGGAGGAGAAGGAGAUGACCAUGAUGGAGGAGGCGUUUGAGAUGGUGGAGACCAUGUAUGAGGUGGUGGAGGGGAAAGAGUCAACUGUGGAAGAGAAAGACAAACAGGAAAAAAUAAAGGAUAAGAGGAUGGUGACAAAGGUAGAGACUGUAGAAGACAGGGAACUACAGGACAGAGCCAAAGAGCUGGUGCACAAUGCGCUAGAAGAGGCAAAGAGCCUGGUGCAGUGGAUGGAGGCAGUGCAGGAGAACCCUCUCGAGGAUGAGAAGAUGGAGGACAAUUCAGUGGAGAUACAGAGUGUGAUACUGGAGACUGAAGUGGAGCAGAAAGUGAAGGAAGAGAGGGUGGAGAUGGAAAUAGUGAUGAAGAGGGUAAACCUGGAAGAGGAGGUUGAACUGUUGAUGGUGGAUGUUGCUGAGGUGGAGGAGGUGGAGAAAAUGGUGCUGCCGGAUGUAGAGGAAGAAAAGAAAAUGGUCAUGAGUACAGGUGACGAGGAACUUGAACCAAAGGAACGAGGGAUGACGGAAUGCGGACAAAUGGAAGAGAAAGAUGUUGAGGAGGAAGAGAUGGAUCAAUGGAUGAUGGAUAAAGGCAUGAUUGAGGAUGAGGAUAAGAUGGAAAUAGUGCCAUGGGAGAAAAUGGAGGAGAAAGACACCUGGGGGUGGAUGGUGCUGGAGGAGGAGAGGAUGAGAGACCAGAGCGUGAAGAAGCAAAGAGCAGAGGAGAACAAAGCUGAGGAGGAAAAGGACACGGUGGAGGUGGAACAAGCUCAGGAGAAAGAGUUGGGAACGCAAGAAAACGAUCAACCGAUCGAGAUAGUCCAGAUCCACGAGAGAGAGAGCAUGGAAGCAGCUCAGCAACUUUAUGAGAGAGACAGAUGGGAGAUAAUGUUGCUGGAGGAGGAGAGGAGGAGAGAGGAGAACAUGACGGAUGAGUGCAGGGUGAAGAGACAACGUCCUCAUAGACAGGACAGAGACAUGAGAGGAGAAGAGAGAGACAUUCCACCUCAAGGUGGGCGAUGGAGCCAGAGACCUCCACACAAACCGAAAAAGAGAUGGGGGUCUGAGUGGAGCGAUGGCCAGUGGAGACAGAGAGGGUUUGAUGACAGAGAAAGUCAAGGAUACCCUUACGGUCCCCGUGACAUACGGGGGAGGACAGAGGGAGAGAGACGGGUCUAUUGGAGCGGUCCAGCACAAGGGCAGACCCAGAUGGAGGUGAGAAGACAGCAGGAGAAGCGCCCAAAGAGGAAAGUCUCCAUGCAGCACGGAAACCUGAGCUGUACUGUGAACUUUUAA